AGCUUCGCAAGAGUGUUUGUUUUUGUGGUAGCGUUUAGGAAGAAGUUCAUAUCAAUGCAUAGUUUCGUGGCUGUGUAAUUAAUUUGUCUACUUCCCGCCUUGCCACUGUAUUGCGAUCAGAGAAAACAUACAUCCACCGUAAAUAUGUCUUCGUGGGAGGAAAUACAAGCGGUCAAAGUGAAGCGCAACAGCUUGCGCGAAAAGUUGGAGAAGCGCAAAAAAGAGAGACAAGACUUGCUGGGAAACAGUAGUCCCGGUGGUCCAGGAGCGGUUGCCGGCUUAAUCAAAAUCGAAUCAGCCACCAACUUGAGCGAAGAUAAGGGUAAACUUCUUCUGACUUCAAUCAAAUCGGAUCAAACAGGAAGUGCGGAUAUUGAUGCAGAAGUGGAAAAAUGUUUGGUGCAGGUGCUUGCGGACAAAAGCUUAAUACUGCCCUCCAACUCGGCCCAGAUAGCGGAGCUGGUAGAAAAACACGUACAAAAAGCAGUGCUGCGUGACUCGAUUGCCUAUUACCUGCACAAGCUGGCCGGACAGAAAUUGAUCAAUGUUAAAGAAGUCAGCAUCGGUGGAACUGUGGGCUACGAAGUGAUUUCAGCGGAGCACAUCAACUUGCAAGCGCUACACGAUGACAUGGCUAUGAACCAUGGUCCCGCCGGGCCCGGCAAUCGAGACGGACACAAAAGAAAAGCAGAUUGUUCCAAAGAUAUGCCCGACGGAGGUAGCAAAGUGGCCCGCGGUACCCUGGCGGGAGCAAAGGAUGAGGGAAGGAAGGGAAACUCGGUAGAUGCUUCGCUUUCCUGUAAAGCGUCCGAUAUUUUGUCGCUUCUCUCACUCCCAUCGACGAGGGAAAAGCAGAGCAAAAAGGUUGGGGAAGAAAUUUUGGAACUACUUUCGAAACCAACAGCCAAAGAACGAUCACUGGUAGAAAAGUUCAAAUCUCAGGGCGGCGCUCAGGUGAUGGAAUUCUGCCCGCAUGGCACACGCAUCGAAUGUAUGCGCUCUUCGGAAGCGUCUCCCGAGAGCAAAGAGCCAAGCGACAGUAAAAAGGCCCACGAAACGGACGAUGAAUUCGAAAAGGAUAAGGAAACCGCCGUACCAGCGGAAGAUGUAUCGAACAAAACGGACGCAGUGGGGCCUAAUGAGAUCAAGCUUGAGCCAGAAUCGUCGGAAGCAGCGUCUGCCGAACCGCGGCUGGAAGCGGAAGACACUAAAACGAAAUAUCAAUGCAAUAAGCUACAUUUCAAGAAAAUUAUCCAAAACCACACGGAUGAAACGUUGGGCGACUGUAGCUUCCUGAACACUUGCUUCCAUAUGGAUACGUGCAAGUACGUGCACUACGAGGUAGACACGUAUGUGGACCAGACACCGAAUACUGUACCAGCCAAGUUUGAGACGACGGACGAACACGUUGCCGGACCAAAGCGCCCCAUUGCUGAUGCGAGCGCUACUCUGUAUCCUCCGCAAUGGAUUCAGUGCGAUUUGCGCUUCCUGGAUAUGACGGUGCUGGGGAAGUUUGCGGUGGUAAUGGCCGAUCCACCGUGGGACAUUCACAUGGAGCUGCCCUACGGUACUAUGUCCGAUGAUGAAAUGCGUCAGCUCGGCGUUCCGGCCCUGCAGGACGAUGGCCUAAUUUUCCUGUGGGUUACUGGGCGAGCGAUGGAGCUGGGUCGUGAAUGUUUGAAACUGUGGGGCUACGAACGGGUGGACGAACUGAUCUGGGUAAAAACGAAUCAAUUGCAACGCAUCAUACGAACGGGACGCACCGGCCAUUGGCUAAACCAUGGGAAGGAACAUUGCCUGGUCGGCAUGAAGGGCAAUCCUCCGAAUUUGAAUCGUGGACUAGACUGCGAUGUGAUUGUUGCUGAGGUACGGGCCACCAGCCACAAGCCGGACGAAAUUUAUGGCAUCAUCGAGCGGCUAAGUCCAGGGACACGAAAGAUUGAGCUGUUCGGUCGACCGCAUAAUGUGCAACCGAACUGGAUUACGCUUGGCAACCAGCUGGACGGCAUUCGUUUGGUAGAUCCUGAGUUGAUUAAUUCAUUUCAAAAGCGUUACCCGGAUGGUAACUGUAUGACACCUGGUAAAAUUCCUUAACCGGUACGUUUGAUUUAAUUUUAGAUCACUAACAAAACUCCGGUUAAGCCAGUCCCGUGGUGUACCGUUUGUCAACUCGCAAGACUUAACAACAUGCCCGUCAUGGGCUUAAGCCCCAUGUGCGUGCCGCUCAUACGAAGCACUGACUAUGGACAAUCAACAAGUCACGGAUAGCUAAGCCCAUUUGUAGUAAAGGCCGGCCCUAGAGACCGACAGCGGUUGUUGUGCUAAAGAGGAAGGAUAAGGCCUUGUACUUGAUAUACAAUAGCGGUGUAUAGCGUCAUGGGGACUUGACGAUGACUGUUCGUGUGUUUCGCGUUCGCGAGUCGCACGAGAUGACGACUGUACCACGGGACCGUCCAUUAAUGCAUUAGAUAAGGGCAUUAUUGUAAGCUAAACAGAGCGUUUAGGUGUUAAAGAGAUUAAUAAAGCACAAAAAA